AUGGUGCUCGUCCCCCUGCUCCAGCGAGGCAUCCAGCUCCUCCUCUUGCCCAUCCAUGUUCUUGCCUGCCUGGGCUUAUGGGACUCCUUCUAUAAGAAAGUCUUCCCAUAUAUCAUGGCGAAGGUGGCGCCCAUCUACAACCAUAAGGUCUACAAGCAGAAACAAGAGCUGUUCAGCAACUUAAGAAAAUUUGCAGGACCUUCGGGCCAGCUCAUGUUGCUGGAAAUCGGCACGGGCACUGGCACCAAUUUCCAGUUCUACCCACCAGGCUGCCGGCUGACGUGCACUGACCCUAAUCCCCAUUUCAGAAAGUUCCUCCUCAAGAGUCUCUCGGAGAACCGGCACCUUAAACUUGAACAUUCGGUGGUUGCUUCUGGCGAGGAUCUGCAUCAAAUACCGGACGGCACCAUGGAUGUGGUGGUGUGCACCUUAGUGCUGUGCUCCGUGACCAACGUCAAGAAAGUCCUGACAGAGGUUUUGCGAGUGCUCAGGCUGGGUGGAGCUUUCUACUUCUUGGAGCAUGUGGCUGCAGAUCAUUCCAGUUGGAUCUACUUUUGGCAAAAGGUCUGUGACCCAGUCUGGAAGUAUUUUGGAGAUGGGUGUUCCUUGAGCAGAGAGACACAGAAGGAGCUGGAGAAAACUAAUUUCUCAGAACUGAAUUUGAGGCGCAUCCAUGUCACACCUUACUGGAUUCCUACUAGUCCUCAUAUCAUUGGGUAUGCAGUAAAAUAAAUGACCGUGAGCACUGCGGGACACAGGACCUCCCUUCAGUACUCCUUUCAUGCUUUAUAGAAGGUUUUUCACCCUUACAGUCAGCCCAUAUACAGCAGCUGGCUACCCAGAAUAAAAGUACGGAAAACUUCCUGAGCAUCCACAGCUCAUCCAAACUGGGAAUCACAUUCUUCCAUUUGUUAGACAGGUUUUCUGGAUAGAGCUCUGAAAUAAAGCUGCUGCACAGGGACCAGGCAAAUGGCAAAGAAUUCUAGACAACACGUUUCAGUCCAAUACAAAAUAAAGGAGUCAGCAUCUUAGAGAGUUGAGAAGGGGAGAGGGAAGAAAGGGAACAGAAGAUCCAUGCAAGCAAGUACAGAGGGCUAACGUUUUUCUAAGGGCAGAGAAUAAUGCCCAACCUCUAACGUUUCCGAUACAGGACACAUGCAUAAUAGAUACGGCAUCAGUACGAGCAUUUUCAUUUCAGUCUUCCCAUUAUGAAAUAUAUUUACGAGCAGGCAUUCAUUCGCCCGUGCCAGUACAGUCCUCCCUGACAGGGCUUUUGUUUAUUCAGGGAAGCGCUCAUUACAACACCAGUUCACUAGGCAUAGUUCUCACUGGCCAUUAGACGCUAAUGCCAUCAGCGCAGAUUUAACUUGAAACAGCCACCUACAAAGCAAGAAACGGAACUUCUCUUUACACCGGGAGAAAACUGGCAUUUGUUAAAUCAGACGGCAGAAAUCUCAUCUCCGCUGUAAAAUGCUGUUACUAGAUCAGCCAUGUCCUUAGAGCCCCUUUUGUCAUGCUCUACUAACAUGUUUUACCUAUGCUUAAACUCUUCAUUUUCUACUCUCCCUCCAAUCUAGAUCACACCUUAAAGGGGUCUCUUUUAAAAGCUAGGAGUUUCAUUAGAAAUGCUUUCCAGUUAAACUCCCCUAGGACACCAAGAGAAGGUGCUGCUCUCUUGGCCACUGUUUAACCUUUUCUAUGAUUUCCUGCAGUAUAGCAGCAAGGAAUUAAAACCUGGUACAGAUUAUAAGAAAACAAUGCAUUAAUGUCUCUAUUUUGUGCUCCAUACACAUCCACCUGGUCUACACAGAAAGUAAUUCCCAUUGUUCAAAUUUGUUUCUCUAACGUAGUUGCCACAAGGUGGAGGUAUGAAGGUAUGACAAGAGAGUUCGUUAAUAAAGCAGUCUAAUAAAGAUGCCGCCGUAUGCUGG